CAAGCACUUCCAAAACGCGUUCUCCGGUGUCCCGCGACGGUCAUUCCGCGCGCAAUCGUCUCAAUACGCUCGCGUACUUCCGCCGUUCGAGUUGUUCGUCGUCGGUCACCCGUCGGGUAAACAUUUUGAAAAACAACGGCAUCACAACUAUCGUUUUUAGCGUACGCGCCCGUGUAGACAUACGCCGGACGAGCAUCGACGCCCUCCCCGAGUGUAUUCCGUCCCAAUAAACCAUGAAAGGGUGGAGAUUGGUCGUGCUUCUCUGCACGGCCUUGCUGAGUGAACCAGUACGACCACAAGAAAAAUGGAGUCGACCUGAGACUGCCGCAAAACGUGUUGAUGAUUGGGUACCUAUAACCGCAUCAUGCCCGUCGUGUCAAAAGAAUCUGGAAUCCAGUGAUGAAGCAGGCGGUGUUGAUGAAGUCGGACGUCUAUUAAAUCCACCGGCCGUUCCAUCCGGGCGUGCAUUUAAUUUUAAUUCCAAACAAAACAAUUUUAACCGGGCUCCGACUGGCGAACCGUACGAAAUCACUACACCAGCGGCAACGUCGGCUCAAUUCUUCGGUCAACAACAAGCACCAAAAAUACCACAACCCGUGCACUUCCCGGUACCAUUUUUUGGCCAACAGAACCCAUUCUCGGGUAGAUUUCAAGGACUACCCAAUUUCCAGCCACAGUUCACGUUCAUACCCCAACCGCAAGUUCAGCCUGCACCAAAGGAAAACAAAGUGACGUUCCCCGAGUCACCGUUCAUCCAACAACAAAACAAAGGGUCGGUGCAACUUGUAUACGUUCCCAUCGAAGCACUGCAGAGGCAAAAACCUAGGUUGCAAGCUGAUAGGCCAAUACCGCAACAGUCACAGAUUGACGCGAAGACGCAAUCACCGUUCGAGACUGGUAAACUUAAAUUCCAAAGACCACCGCAACCGUUUGAACCACAGUUCCCACUUCUUCAACAAUUUGAACAAGAACCCAAUCGUUUUGCACCACCACCACCACCGCCGUCAUUUGAACAGAACACUGGCCGUUUCCCACCACCAUCGCAAUUGUUUGAACAAAGUAAACCAAGUUUCUCAAAUCAACUGAAGGAACAACGUCCAGAGUUUUUGCCUCAAAACGAACAGCCAGUCAGUCCACAAUCAUUUCAGUUUCUUGAAGACGCAAGAAACCCACCUUCCAACUUUUUUCAAUUUCACGAUAAUAGAUUCCAAAAGCCAUCAUUUGAAGAUAAACCAAAAGAAACAAAACCACAAGGACAACAAACCUUUACACCCAAUCUAGAGGAAUCUAGACAAGAGUCUGCCCAGAAUUUCGUUUCAAACUUUGAUGGAAGUCGUCCAAGACCGGGACCACAACCUCAAAAUUUCCAACAGAAUUUCGAAGAAACGAGACCAAGACAAGAACCACGACCUCAAAGUGCCCAACCUAAUUUCCAAGAAACAAGACCAAAACAAGAUUUGCCGCCGACAAAGUUAGAACCUCAACAACAAUUUGUUCCCAAUUUUCAAGAAACAACAAGACCGAGACAAGAAUCACCACCACCACCACAGUUCAUUCCCAAAUUUGAGAAACCAAAAUUAGAACCACAACAACAAUUUGUACCAAAUUUCCAAGAAACUAGGCCGGGACAAGAAUUACCACCACCACCACCACCACAGUUUCAAGAACCAAAGUUACAAUCUCAACCACAAUUUAUCCCCAACUUCCAAGAAACAACUAGACCACGACAAGAACCACUACCGCAACAGUUUGUUCCCAACUUUGAAGAGCCAAAAUUAGAACCUCAACAACAGUUCGUUUCAAAUUUCCAGGAAAAUAGGCCAAGCCAAGAAUUACCACCACCACCGCAACAGUUCGUUCCCAACUUUGAAGAGCCAAAAUUAGAACCUCAACAACAAUUCGUUACAAAUUUCCAAGAAAUUCCACAACAAGUAACAGCGCAACAAACAUUCACUCCUAAUUUCGAGUCAUUGAGGCCAAAACCAGAAACUCAACCAAACACUGUCCCUAAUUUCCAGGACACGAGACCUAAACAAGAACCACAAGCACCAUUUGUACCAAAUUUUGAAGAAGUAAAACAAAAAUCAAAACCAAAAGUUCAAUUGUCGCAAUCUUCAACAUUAACACCCCAGCUGUCAUUUAAUUCACCAACUCCAACAGAAAAAGCAGUACAAACACCAUCGACACCAUAUCCACCUCCUCAUCAACCACCACUUUCUGUUUAUAUGGAAAAACGGCUGGAUAACAAGAUAAACGAAGUAUUAACCAUACUAAAGGAUGCAAAAACUAUACCAGUAUUAGAUACAAUCGGUAAUCGUUCACCCAAAGUGUUUGUUGGACCAUCCGAUCUCGAUGCACCCAGGGGUUACGUUAAAUUUGCAUUGCCUUAUUUGUCGUCACUCGACAUUACUAAAAUCGAUUCAAUGAUCGAUCGUUUACCAUUUUUCGUCGCUCCACUUAAUUUCAAACCACCACCAGGUUACGCGAAAAUUCCAUUCCCACCACCACAUAUAGGAUCUGUUGUUGUCUCUUCCAAGUCACCAGUUGUUUCCUCCUCUACUGAAAUCAACCCAUUUAAACUCACGUCUCAAUUGCCGACUGAGGUGAACUCUUUACAACCAUCUGUAUCGAGUACCACGCAACGAGGAACCGAAAGAGCUCUACCAAUUACAGAUGCCACACCUUCUACACCGAAACGAAGCCGACAAAGAAAACCAUUGCAUAGGGGUUCAUUAACUAGUUUCAGCACGACUACUCCCUUGAAUGAUAUCACGGAACGGCAAAAAGAUCAAUUUACGACACCUGCAGAAUUACAAAAGUUGCCAGAAAUUUCAACUUUGGAGAGCGAAAAACCACAAUUUUUGGAAAGUACACCGACGCCUAUUCGUCAGAAAUUUACACGAAGACCAGUAGAACAACAACAAACUGUUUUUGAAACCACGCCAGCACCCGUAUUUGAUAACACACAGAAACAACAGUUUGAAAGUACACAGCAACAGCAGUUUGAUAAUAGUCAGCAACAGCAGUUUGACAAUACACAGCAACAACAGUCUGAUCACACACAAUCACAACAAUUUUUCGCAGAUCAACAAGUUCCACAUAAUCAACAGAACUAUUUGGAUACUCUUAGCUCUUGGCCUCAGCAAGAACAACAACAACAACAGUUUUUCAAUAACCAACAACCAAGCCAACAGCCGUUCUUUGAAAAUCAACAACAACUUUUAGACAAUCCUUCUCAGACCAGUCCAGAGCAAUUUGUAAACAAUCCUCAAUCGCCAACCGAUCUAAACAAUCCGGAAAUAAAUCAACAGCAAUUUAUUUCUAGCUCAACUGAAAAACAAAUAUUUAAAAACUUUCAACAAAUACAACCACUUUCUCAGUAUCAAGUAGGUAACAAUUUCUUGAAUCAACAACAGUCGUCCACGGAACAAGUUCAGUCGGCAUCCAGUCCUCCACAAACCGUGUCUGAAGAACCUCUGACGAUAACGACAUUAUCCCCCACAGACACGCCGAAACUUAGACAACGCCUGUCGUACUAUGAUAAAUUAUUGUUAACAUCGACCCAAGUUCCAGUAGAAAUACCAAGUACUCAAAAUAUCAUAGAAUCCAGUGAAAAACCCAAAGAACGAACGAAGUUGAGGCCAAGGCAAAGACUAACUACGACCAAAAGACCUACGACGGAGUCUUCGAGCAUUUCGGAAGAAGUUUCUGAACAGAUAACAGAAAUUUCGACCCAAAGGUAUAAUCCUCUGAAGAGACGUCGCCCGGUAACGACUACAACUACUGAAACUACCGAAACUACGAGAAAUCCUUUGAGGUCUAGAACGACACAAGCUAGUAGAUCAGAGUUCGUGCGAUCAAGAUCUAGCAGGAGACCAACCACAACAACGACUACAACAACUACGUCAACCACGUCGACCACAGAAGCUGCGCCAGUUCAACAACAGUUCCAAGAUGAAGCACAGCCUACCAGUCAACAAGAUGAACAGAAGAAUAUCGAAGAAGCCGCGUCAUUCUGGAAUGAACCAGUAACCGUACAGCAGAGUCAUGGUUAUGAGUUAGAUACAAGGUACACGCAAGCGCCUUCUGGUCCAGACAGUAAGUUUAGCAGUGGGGAACCACCAGCGAACGAGGAUUUUUCGAAGGAAAAACACUACCACGGAAGUGGUAACGACAAGAAAGCCCACGACCCGAACGUUGAGAAGAAAACACCAGGUCGCCGAGGCCAUUGGGUUAGGGUACGAGUGAAGAAGCCGCAAGACAACCUGGAUACAGCUGAGUCGCAAAACUCUUUAGGUCCCCUUUCAGCAAAUGCCAUUCAUGAAUUAGUAACAAAACCGACCACUGAAUUCGAAGUUUCAUCGUCUUCCGCCCCGGAAGAACCAUCCACAACCACAACUACUACCACGAUCGCACCGACAACCAUAACGGCGUCCGCGACAACUGACAGCAACCAAAAGCAAUUGUUAGUGACUACCGUUUCUGAUAACGCAGAAGUGGCAGUGACGACAACGGAAGAAGAACGUCCGGCCGAAACCACCCAGACUCCAGAAGUGUCUCCACCCGUGGCCAAAUAUCCGGACGACGAACAAGACGAGGCGUUCCAGCGGAACUUGGCCGAUAUGCUGGCAAAAUUCAUCAGCGGUGGUGGUGACGAACCUCGGGCUGAGACCGUAACGGUAUCUGCGACAGCUGAAGAGUCAACAGUUGACUUAGUUGCGGAGACAGAGUCAACCGACCCUACAAUCGUUACUGCAGCCGCGGUCACGGAACUGCCUCUCGCGCCGGUAACAUCCACUACGACCAAGGUAUCUAUGGAGACUGAAAUAUGCUAUAAGGGUAGGUGCGUGAAGAGCAAAAAGAACAAACAAAUCACUGACCUGGUGUCCGAGCCAUGAAUAUUAUAAUAAUAUAAAAUAUAUAAUAAAUAUAAAAUAUAAUGUAAUAUGUACACGCGUAUCUUAAGGUUAUAAUAAAAAAAGACGUGAGACGACGAUGCUUGUUUAUGGCAGGUGUCAGUAAUUAUCGAGUAUAGUAAGUAGUGUACAGAAUAAUAAAUAAAUUAUUGCUCGUACAUCGCCUCGAGUCCACACAAAACCAAAGAUACAAACGGGAUAUAAAUCUGUGCCAACGUCUAGAAAAAAAAUAUUUUGUACAUAUUAUUUUUAUGCAUAAAUAUUAUUAUAUUUUAGUCACAUUUAUAUAAUUUAUUAGUUACGUGUAUGCGUUGAACAAACAUUUAUUUAUAUAAACCUAUUGAAUGUAUCUAGUUUUUGUCUGUUUCACUUAUGAAACUUAUUUCAUACAACUUUAAACAUAUUUUAUUUAAUAUUUUUUACUUUGUAUUUGUAUAUAAACAUGUUUUACUUAUUAAAUAUUUAUUUGGUAAGUGAACCAUUUGUUUUGUCAUGAAAAUAACAUAAUGUAUUUAUUAUGUUUCUAUAAAUAUAUUGUAAAUUGUAUGUUUGCUGAGUUUAAUUGUAACUUCGUUAACAUAAUUUGAUUUUAUAAUCAUAAAUGUUUAGCAUAAUAUUAUAUUUAUAUUGUGUAAGAAUGUAACUACAUAACAAUCUUAUUUGAAAUCAAUAAACAUCGGAAAAAAGAAACUCUUCAUUCGAGAAAUGUCUUAGUUUUAUAAUUUAUAUGUAAUUCUUAUAUUAUUAUUAUUUUUACUGUGUACACUGUACAACAUAUGUAUGAUUAAAUUAAUUUUCUAUAAAAAUAUGUAUUGAUUUUUA